AUGAAUGAAGUCACUAGUGCAUCAUCAACAAAGAUCCACUAUCCAAAUUCUUUGGCUUAUGAAGGACAAGGUCGAAUUAAUCAAUUGGGUGGCAUAUUUAUCAAUGGACGUCCAUUGCCUAAUCAUCUUCGUAUGACAAUCAUUGAUAUGGCUGCUCAAGGUAUUCGACCUUGUGUUAUAAGUCGACAGUUACGUGUUUCACAUGGAUGUGUAUCAAAAAUAUUAUCACGUUAUGCUGAAACAGGUUCAAUUGACCCUGGUUCAAUUAUCAAUAAUUCAAAAUCGAAAAAUCAUCUUUCAGCUGAUAUUGAACAAAAAAUUAAUGAAUAUAAAAAUACAUAUUCAAAUAGUUCAACAUUUGUUUGGGAAAUACGUGAACGUUUAGUACGUGAUGGUAUUUGUAAACCAACAUCAUUACCAAGUUUAAAUACAUUAACACGAAUAUUACAUGAUGAUAACCAUGAUGAAGAAUCAAGUGAUGAACAAAAACCAACAGACAAAGCAAUAAAAAAUCGUCGAUAUCGAACUAGUUUUAGUCAAGAUCAAGUUGAAAAAUUAGAACAAGUUUUUCAAGAAACACAUUAUCCUGAUGUUCAAACAAGAGAAAAAUUAUCCAAAUAUACAGGAUUAACUGAAGCACGUGUUCAGGUAUGGUUUUCAAAUCGUCGUGCUCGUUGGCGAAAAAUAGCCUCAGUUCAACAAGAACAUCGACAACAACAGCAACAGUUAUCAGCUAGUACUAAUUCAUUAGUAUUUCAUAAUGGACCUAUUGCAACAAGUAAUGUGACUGUUACAGAACCAUCGACAUCAUCUUCUUGCUUUCAUUUUACUCCAUAUUGUUUACCUACUGUUGAAAAAUCAUUAUCAACAACUGAUUCAAUGUUUCGUCCAUCAAAUGAAUGUAUGAGUAGUACGAAUACAAAUAAUCCUGCUAAUUUAUUUUCGCAUCAACAAUUACCAUUUUAUGCCCGGUAUAAUAAUGAUUAUGAACAAAUGUAUCGAUCAACAGCAACAUUUCCAUAUACAUCUUCGAAUGUAUCUGGAUCAAUAUUUUCAUCAUCAACUUCGACCUCAUCACCAUCGUUUUAUACACCGAAUAUAUUCGAUGUUCAUAAUGUUUAUUUAUAA